AUGGCGGCCGCAGCCGCUGAGGCCGGGCCCGCGACGGCGGAAGGGCGGCGUGAGGCGGAAGCGCGGGCCCGGCAGGCCGCGCUGUGGGGCCGGGCGCGGAGCCUGUGCCGCCGGCUGCGGGCGCUGCAGGCCCGGCAGGUGGAGCGCCACGUCCGGCAGCAGCUGGCCGGGCUGGCCGCGGCCCCCGAGGCCUCGGCGCUGGGCUCCGAGCUGAGGCGCCUGGCCGCCCGCGCCGCCGCCCGCCUCCGCGCCGCCCAGCGCGCCUGCGACUCCGACGCCACCGACAGCGCCUCCGACAGCGCCGCCGCCGCCUCCUCCUCCUCCUCCUCGGACGGCGAGGGCCCCGAGGCGACCACCACCACGUCGCGCCCCGACGCCCUGGGGCGCCAUCUAGCAGAACGGCAGUGGGCGAUGGAGAGAGCGGCCAUUAUCUGCCGGUGGACGUGGCUGCAGGCUCAGGUUUCCGACUUGGAGUAUCGCAUCAGGCAGCAGACAGAUGUCUACAAGCAGCUGCGUUCCAGCAAGGGUCCAGUUGUCUUGGGUGAUCUCCAGCAUGAAGAUGUGACAAAGCAGCCAAAUCGAUUAGGCUCUGCGGCAGUGGCGAACGCCAGGAGGAAUAAAGCACUGCCUCCUUCCUCCAACAUGAAGGUGCCCCCUGGAGACAGGCAGGGCGGUUUGUCUGCCUGUAUCCCUUCCUACCUCCUGCAGAACACAAAGAAGCAGAAUUCUCGCCUUGCGCAGUCUUUAAGAAACCUUGUGUGUCAAAGUCCCUCCUGUACACCCAUCAAUGGGGCUCCAGAGCCCCCCAAAGCCUCCACAUCACCCCAUCAAGUCAACGGAAUAAGUAACUGCUUCAACCCUUGCUCCAUGAAGUCCUCCUCCCAGGAUGGCGCAGAUGCUGGCCAGGUUCUCAAGAAACCAAAACAGCUGAACAACGGCUGGCCUGCCGCACCUUCCCCCCCUGGCAGCAGCUGUGUCGCUGCCAGAAUCCGUCCGGUUUGUAGCUACAGGAAACGCAGACUGGUGAGAGUCAGCGCUGUCUCUCACCUUUCAAGGAAGCCGCAGAAGCCUCUUACCCAGAGAUGCAACUGUGAGCAUCCUGCUUCUUGCAUCUUGUGUGAGUGUAAGGCCUCCAUUCAGACCUUAGAACCAGAAACGAUGUCCCUGGAGGAGCGGGUAGCUCUGCUGGAUUCUGCCUUCCAUCCCAUCCUCUCGUUUUCUCACGGUAGACCUCUUCAUUUACACCUCGAAGCCUUGUUAAGGGAGGACCACAGGCUAAGCCAUAAUCUCAAGACUUUGAGGAUGCCCCAGUGGGGGUUGAAAGACUUCACCAGCAAUUGCUCCUCUCCACUUUCCGCAUCUGGUUCUCUGCUUAAGGGGUCAGCCAAUCACAGCUUGCUGGUUCCCAGCUCUCAGACCCACAAGCUGAGUCACUUGCAUCACAUGUCCUCUGUGUGCCUAGAAAACACUUCUGUCCCACCCUUCAACCAAGUCCCUGGCAAUUCCGUGGCUGCUGGCAGCACUACAUUGCCUGCAAAGAAGAAAAAAGUAGAAUCCUCCUACGACAUCAAUAACAUCGUGAUCCCGAUGUCAAUGGCUGCAGCGACACGAGUGGAGAGGCUGCAGUAUAAAGAGAUUUUGACACCAAGCUGGAGAAUGGUGGACCUCAAAGAACUGGAGGCAUCGGGAGAAGGAGGCCCAGAGCUGGAAGACACUUCCGACGAGGCGUAUCUGACCCACCACCAAAUGUUUGAAGAGCUGGAACGGGCCCGCUGGGAUUCCUGGGCAGUAACCACUUCCCACAGGCGAGGAAACAGGGUCUCCAACAAAGCUGACGGCCGUUGCCUAUCUCAGCUGGGCUCUCUGGAUGCCCUGGCCCAUCACCUGAACCAUCUCUCCCCCACGGGGUCUUUCAGCCCGGAGCUUUUGGAUAUUCUGCAGCCUCUCCUCAUCAGGGGCAGGGACAGAGGAAGCCUGUCGUUCAGCGAAGACACAAGUUUCUCCCUCCCAGAAACAGAGGAUGUCCAGAACGUCCAGCCAUGGGAAUGCCGCACUUUCCCCCUUUCUGACACCGAGUAUCAAGCGCUUCACGAGGCACCAUGCGAAGCUGUAGGGAAGCAGAUGGGGGCCGUUCAGCAGUGGAAUUCAGGCCACAGUCAGGACUUGAGGACUAACCAGAUAAAUUCUGGCCCAUCUCAUCCCAAGGAGUCACUCCAGUCCACCUGGCAGGCGCAGUCCAACGGCAGCGGGCAUCGAGAAGACUUUGCCAGCCAGCCCUGCGUCACACCGAGGCUCAUCAACAACAGAUGA